AUGUUAUCGUUACAAGCAUUCGAACACUCUACCACGACCACUCAUUCAUCAAUGAACUCAAAGUCGUCAGCUAGAUCGCAUCUUUCUCUUUCAACUCAAGUUGAAGUAGUUAACAGCCUGAAUGAAACUAUCCAAGUCAGAGCUCUGUUAGACCAGGGGUCCGAAGUAUCUCUUGUCUCGGAAAAACUAGUCCAAUGUCUUCGUAUUCCGAGAAGUUACACAAGGCUCUCUCUGCUUGGAAUCGGAGAUCAGCCUCCCGUCAAGAGCAGGGGUCUCGCAUACUUGAAUAUUCGACCACAUUUUGAUUCACAAAUCCAGGUAGACAUAAGCGCCUACAUUCUUCCAAAGGUGACUUCAAAGAUUCCCGCUGCCAACACUCCUUGUACUGGAUGGCCCCACCUCAAUAACUUGUUGCUGGCUGACCCCCAUUUCAAUGAGCCAGGACAAAUCGACAUACUCCUCGGUGCAGAUGUUUGCGGACAACUGCUUCUUGAAGAUCCCGUCAAAAAAGGCCCAGCUAAUAGUCCAGUUGCUCAAUCUACCACACUGGGUUGGAUUCUAUCUGGUCCCUGCGACACUUCACACACCAUAAACCAAGCGCACUCAUUUCACUGCGUCAUUGAUCACGACUUAAACAAAGCUUUGGAACGAUUCUGGCAACAAGAAGAGAUGUCUACAAAAUCUAAUAAAUCUUUGACUCCAGCCGAUCAGCAGUGUGAACAUCAUUGUGUAUCCACUCACAGUAGAGAACAGUCUGGUCGAUACAUUGUUCGAUUACCUUUUUCCGCGUCAACAGAACAGCUAGAAAAUUCGAAACCAGUAGCAAUACAGAUGUUGAAAUAUCUUCAACGGAAAUUCGAUAACGAUCAAAUUUUUUAUCAAGCAUACUCAUCCUUCCUAAAUGAGUACAAAAGUCUACAGCAUAUGUCAUCUUGA